AUGGAUAUCGACUUCCACCCCGGUGUCAACGGGUCUAGCCCUUAUGUCGACUUCUACCCAUAUACACCCUCCGCCACAGCAGGCUACGCAUUUAUGGCCAUGUUUGGUAUUGCAACCGUCUCUCAUUUUGUCUUGAUGAUUCCAUAUCGCGCUGGAUAUUUCACUCCUCUCUUUCUAGGAGGUGUUUGUGAAACAUUCGGAUACUACGGUCGAGCAUGGUCCCAUAAAGACAGAAGAGAAAUCUCUUCAUGGGCCCUCCAAGAAAUGCUCAUUCUUUCUGCCCCACCUCUCAUCGCUGCAACAGUCUACAUGGUCCUCGGUCGAAUCGUUCGCUGCUUCGGCGCUGAACAUCUAGUCAGCAUGACUCCUAAAAAGAUCACGGUCAUCUUUGUAUUGAAUGAUGUACUCACUUUUUGCACGCAACUAGGCGGUGCUGGUGUCCAAGUCACCGGAGACGCAAAUAUCAUGGCCAUUGGAAAAAAGGUCGUCCUAGCAGGUCUGAUUUUCUCUCUGGUCGUGUUCUGCUUUUUCAUUUGGAUUGCUGCCAGCUUGCAUCGACGACUUCUGAGGAAUCCUACUGAUAUUUUGGUCAUGAACAAUAUUAAUUGGCAGCAGUACAUGUGGACUUUGUACGCUGCCUGUUUUGCAUUGAUGGUUCGAAACCUUGUUCGGACUAUUCAGUUCGGGGCCCCCAGGGGUUCGUCCGUUAAUCAACAAGAGUGGUGGAUUUACGUUUUUGAUGGAUUUCUUAUGUUCUUUUCUAUGGCUGUUCUAGUCGUUUACCAUCCUGGUCUUCUAAUCAAGAAGGCUCGUCGGCUGGCGAAGGUUGCAGAUUUUCAUGAGCCUCUGAGGACGUCGGAUAUUCCGUUGACUCAGUAUGAACCACGAAUGAUGGCAGCCUAA